AUGUCCGCAGUCUUAGAAGAGAUAUAUCAAAAGUCCUCCAGCGACAAGAAGACCAUAGCUAAAAAGCACCAUAGUUUCAAAUCAGCAAAUGAGUUUCACACAAAUGAUUAUUCUAAUAAUUAUAUCCACACUCAGUCUCCACCCCAAAGUCAUAUAAGGAAUAUUGAAAAUACUGUUGAUGGCUAUCCAAAACUACAGAAACUCUUUAACUUAAAAGAGAAGCAAAUUAUGCAACACGCCACUAAACCAUUUGGUUGUAGAGUUGAAGUAGAUGAGAUCGUCCCAAAAUUAAAUGAGUGGAUCCAAAAAGACAACAUUACGUUUGAUGUCGUAAUGGUAGGAUGUUUAACUGAAAACCAGUUCAUUUACCCCUUAUUAAUGCAAUUACCAAUAAACCGAUUGAUAUCAAAGCCUGGGUUCUUGUUUGUUUGGGGAAGUGCUCAAAAAAUAAAUGAACUCUCAAGAUUACUUAACAAUGAAGUUUGGGCUAAAAAGUUUAGAAGAAGUGAGGAACUUGUGUUUGUUCCUGUAAACAAAAGUUCUCCUUUUUAUCCCGGUUUAGAAGCAGAUGAUGAAUCUCUUUUUGACAAAAUGCAAUGGCACUGUUGGAUGUGUAUAACAGGAACCGUCAGAAGGGCUACUGACGGUCAUCUUAUACAUUGUAAUAUUGACACAGAUCUGGCAAUUGAAACGAAAAACAAUAAAGUUGGGCCAAUACCCAGCCAAUUAUAUAAAGUGACAGAGAAUUUCAGCACUGCAACCAGGAGGUUACAUAUCAUUCCUGCAAGAACAGGGAGUGAGACUCCAAUCAGAAUGAGACAUGGUUGGGUAAUUAUGGGACCUGACGUUUUGCUAGACAAUUUUGACGCUAAUGAAUAUAAAAGUGAAAUAGAGCGUGUGGGAUCCAAUUUACCAAAAGAGUCAACAGUAGAAACACUCAGACCAAAAUCCCCAGCACCUGGAAAAAAUUGA